CAGGCCCCCCAAUUCCAAUUCCGGCACACAUGUGGAGCUGCAUUCGAUUCGAAAGCAACUCUCUUCAAAAUGCAAACUUUACGUGAAUUUACGCGUAAAACCAAGCGCGGCAACAUCCUGAAGAUCGUGCGGGAGCACUAUCUGCGCGACGACAUCGCCUGUGGCUCCGACCUGUGCCGGCAGUGCUUCCAGAACGAGGUCUACCAUCUUGACUCGCGGCACGAGAUCCAGAGCAGUCUCUUUAAGUUUCCGCACUACCUCGUUUUGGACACCAAUGUGGUUCUGGACCAGAUCGACGUGCUGGAGGAGGAUGUGCUGCGCAACGUGGUCGUCCUGACCACCGUGCUGAACGAGGUCAAGCACAAGAGCUCCUCCAUCUACAAGCGGUUCAAUGAAAUCGUUCACGAUCGCACCAGGAACUUCUAUGUGUUCGUCAACGAGCACCACAAGGACACCUAUGCAGAUCGCGAACCGGAUGAGUCAGCUAACGAUCGCAAUGAUCGGGCCAUCCGUCUGGCCACCAAAUGGUAUGACAAUCAUCUCCAAGCCUCUCAAUCCAAAGAGUUCGAGCGCAAUGGGAGAGCUGUCACCCGGGUUGUCCCUACCGAUGAUGCUGGGAAUCGCGCCAAGGCCGAGGCCGAGGGUAUUCUGGUGGCCUCUGCAGCGGAUUAUGUGAAAUCCCUCGACGAUUUCCCUCUUCUGUUGGACAAACUGUCGCACAAAACGUUCGAGAACGAGAAGAAGGGUCUGCCCCAGUAUCCGGCGCAUCUCAGCAUGAAGGAGCUGCUCGAGGGACUGCGCCAAAAGAAGCUGCUGCAGGGCGCCUUCCAGGCCUCCAGGGAAAAUUACUUAGAGGGCAGCGUCAAUGUAGAGCAGUUCGAAAAGGGCAUCCUAAUCCAAGGCCGUGAAUCCCUCAACCGAGCUGUAGAUGGCGACUUGGUGGCCGUGGAGCUGCUGCCCGAGGAGGAGUGGUCUGCGCCCAGUGAAAUCGUGCUGGAGGAGAAGAAUGUCUACGCUGACGAAGUGCCCAGUGAGGAAAGGGCGGAGGAUGAAAAGGACAUGUUGAAGCAGGUUCGGGCUGCAGCCUCAUCAGCUGAACGCACGCCCACGGGACGAAUUGUUGGCAUUGUGCGUCGCAAGUGGCGGCAGUACUGCGGCAUCCUGCAGCCCAGUUUAAUAGAGGACACUAAUCGGCACAUCUUUGUGCCCGCCGACCGGAAGAUCCCGCGCAUUCGCAUCGAAACAAGACAGGCCGCCAAACUGCAGAACCAGCGCAUCAUUGUGACCAUCGACACUUGGCCGCGGAACUCGCGCUAUCCACACGGACACUUUGUGCGCUCCCUGGGACUUGGGGACAUGGCCACCGAGAACGAGGUGAUUCUGCUGGAGCACGAUGUACCGCACUGCAAGUUCUCGGACGAGGUUCUCAGCUUCUUGCCGAAAAUGCCUUGGACAAUUACCGAGGAGGACUACGCCAAGCGUGUGGAUCUGAGAGACCUUUACAUCUGUUCCGUGGAUCCGCCUGGCUGCACGGAUAUCGAUGAUGCUCUGCACUGCAGGGAGCUGCCCAAUGGCAACCUGGAAGUGGGUGUUCACAUCGCCGAUGUAAGUCACUUCAUUCGGCCAGGAAACGCUCUGGAAGAGGCAGGCGCCAGGGGUACCACUGUUUACCUGGUAGGAAACGUAUCGACAUGUCCAGAGUUGCUCAGCUCGAACCUGUGUUCGCUGGUAGGCGGCGUCGAGCGCUUCGCCUUCUCAUGCGUGUGGGAGUUGGACAAGGCGAAUGUGCUGGACAAACGCUUCCACAAGAGCGUCAUUAAGUCCAAACGAGCCAUGACUUACGAGGAGGCACAGGUUAUAAUCGACGACUCCACGCAGCAGAAUGAACUAGAAUCCUUGAGAAAUCUUAACAAGCUGGCCAAGAUACUGAAAAAGCGACGCAUGGAUAGUGGUGCCCUGGUCCUGGCUUCGCCGGAGAUUCGCUUCCAGGUGGACAGCGAGACACACGAACCGCUUGAGGUUGAGGUCAAGCAGAUGCGUGAGACCAACUCCAUGGUGGAGGAGUUCAUGUUGUUGGCCAACAUCACAGUGGCCCAGCACAUAGCGAAUGAAUUCUCCGAGUGUGCAGUUUUGCGUCGGCAUCCCCGACCACCACCCAGCAACUUCGAUCCGCUGGUCAAGGCCGCCCGUUACCAGGGUUUCCAGGUGGACACCGAAUCUGGGCUGGAGUUGGCUCACUCUGACAAGUGCGUUAAGGCGGAUAAUCCCUACUUUAACACUAUGAUCCGCAUCCUCACCACACGCUGCAUGAUGCAGGCGGUGUACUUUAUCAGCGGCAGUCUGCAGAAGGAGGAGUUCUUCCACUACGGCCUGGCCGCUCCCAUCUACACCCACUUCACCUCGCCCAUCCGUCGUUAUUCCGACAUCAUGGUUCAUCGCCUGUUGGCUGCCUCGAUUGGCGCUGAUAGCACCUAUGCCCAGCUGUUGGAGCGGAAGGAAGAGGAGAUCUGCCACAACUUGAAUUACCGCCACAAGAUGGCUCAGUACGCGGGUCGAGCAUCGGUGGCCCUCAACACUCAUCUCUUCUUCCGUGGCAAGGAGGAGGACGAGGAAGGAUAUGUGCUUUUUGUGCGCAAGAACGCUCUGCAAGUGUUGAUCCCCAAAUACGGUCUGGAAGGCACCCUGUUGAAGUCCGACAAGGAUGGCAAGGACGGUCUGGAGCGCACCAAGAGCGAGAUCGUCUUCACCUUUAACGAGGAGGAUUAUACUCAGCGCUGCGGCAACGUAGUGUUCCACUCCUUCGACCCAGUCACCGUUCGACUCAGCCUGGAUUCCACUAACGUGCAGCACGAGAAGCUGAUCUUCCGGCUAGUCAAGCCGUACAUUAAGGGCUUCAGUGUGGAAACGACCACCGAUGAGACUGGUGGCCAGGCGGUAGCCACGCCCCCUCCCUCGAAGAAGACGAAGAAGGACAAGAAAAAGAAGUAAUCCUUUGGAUUUAUAACUAAGUUUAACUAGACUAAGCUGAGAAAAUAUGUAACUACAAUCAUUUGUACAAAUGAAAUAUUUUUUAUAAUUCCA